GGUAACUAGUCCCGAAGUAACAAAAAACUGCUGUUUCAGCCCUUAGAAAGUUGACAUUAGGCAGGGUAUCCAAACUGAUCAUACAUCUUACAAGAAAAAACAGCAAACUAAAAUAAAAUAUGUCGAUUUGAAAUCUAAUCCACGUGUAGCCGCACUCUUCCCCUUCCCCAUCCCAAGGAUAAACAGAAAGGAGGAGACGUCUACGAAAAGCUGAAACAAAUCGUGUUCUGUGACGUUACUCUAAUCUAUGGAAAAUUACCUCGAUAAUAUUGAAAAGUAACCUAGGUAUACAACAACAUUAUUGAAGUGAAAUAAUUUUCCGUCAUCUCGGGUAAUUUUGCUUUUGAGUAUUCGCGUUUAAAUCCGUAUACUUUGCUUUUAGGAUAUAGAAAAAGAUUAUGAGUGACUUUGGUAAAGAAGUGAGAAAAGGAUGAUGUCCUAGAUUUCAAGGUUCACACAAUCAAUCAGCCAAUCAGAAUUCACAAAAGCAUUAGACGAAAAGACGGGCAAUAGAAAGUCAUUAUUUAUUUUCUUGCAAAAGAGUGACGUCACAGAACACGAUUUCUGUCAGGUUUUUGAGGAAGUUCCUCCCUCCCUUCCGUUUCUCCUUGGGGGGGGGUACGAUUUCUGUCCGGUUUUCAAAGACAUUCCCUCCCUUCCGUUUCUCCUCGGGGGGGAGAGGGUACGGCUGCACGUAGGUCAGAUUUAAAAUGUAGAGAGAUGUUUGACUCUUCUAGAGUAGCUUUCUCCUGAGUCUUCCUUAUUUUAUAAUUUGAAAUCUCAGGGAACUACCGUAAGAUAUGCAAUAAGAAGAUGAAAAAAAUAUUCAUGUUAAUAAUUCAAAAUUAGACUAAAUAAGAAAUUUGAAGACAAAAGCAAACAUUUCCAAAAGACAGUGCUUCAGGAUCAAUGUAUAUUUUAGCUCUAAAUGAGUUUUUUUUUAAUUCUUCUACAGAUGCUGACGAAUGUAAUACCUCCAUUCGUGUUUGUGAUGAGAACGCCGAUUGCAAAAACACGUUGGGAUCGUAUCUUUGUUCUUGCAAAGUCGGUUUUUCUGGAGAUGGACAUAAUUGCAAAGAUAUUGAUGAAUGUGCCAGCGGUGUACACGACUGCCACGAUUCAGCCUCAUGUACCAAUAUCGCGGGAUCAUUCAACUGCUCAUGUAACCAUCCGUACGUCGGAGAAGGAAGAUCUUGCAAUAUUCCGAGCCCAUCAGAAUGCCAGAACUAUCAAAGUCUGAGAGGGGUAGACAGAAGGAUCAAUUACACCAAUCAGGACACGAUUUGCGAUUAUGGACUUGAGGGUUGGUACCGUUUUGAAGGAGCAGCAGGCACAAGAAUGCCUACUUCAUGUCCGCCUAAACACAGAUGUAACUCUUAUGCACCCGGUUGGGUAAAUGGCACGCAUCCCGCAGAGGCUGAUGGUCAGGUCAUCAGGACGGUUUGCUUCCACUGGUUGUCAGACUGCUGCAACUGGUCAAGGUAUAUCAAAGUGAGAAACUGCGGCGGUUACUAUGUUUACUACAUAAAUGGUACACCUUGGUGUUCCCUCCGUUAUUGCACCACAGACUAAACAGAGACUGGUUCAGAAAAAUUAUCGGUUUUUUCCUAAGAGUGUUCUCGUUAAAAUGCUUACAGUCUACUGUAUUAGGGCUUUAGUCCUUAUCCCAGGUAGAAAGCGAGGUUUGACGGUUAUACUUGGGCCUUCCUUUGUAUGAGAAAAAAUGCUCUCUCACUGUUUGUAGAAGUUUUUCAGAAAGUUGGAAACUUAAGUGAUGAAGAAGUUGGUCUGAGUGAGAUAUUCGAAAUUAAAAGAUAAAUUAUACGCAUUUUUAUCUCUUUCGUUUCAGAAUUCCAGAGGGGUGAAAGAGGGUCUUACCAGGGUUAACCGUUAGACGUAAAACUGCCAAUAAAUUCAGCUGUUGGGCCUAACAAUUGAAAAAUUUUAACUGUUACUCAAAAACAAAUUAACCGUAAAAAAAUUUUUUUGGUGCCCAUAAUGAAAGACGUGAACCGCUUGCCGUAAAUUGGCCACAGUUGUAACCGUUAACUGUAGAAGCAUCACCCUAUUCGGACCCUCAUUAAAAGAUGCUCUUGAGGUUCUUGGAGCCUUAUUAUGAUUUUAAAGGGGGGACAUUCGCAUUGAAAAGUUAAAACGGUGGAAUAUCAGAAGGUAGACAGAUACAAGCAUGACUUAAUGUUAAGAACAAAAUUGUCUUUAAAGACGUUGUGAUAGUCCAUUCUAAUGCUAAGCUACUUAACCACAAAAUGUACCGAGAAAUUUUGGUCAGUUAGCUAGAGAAACACCCAAAAUAAGUUUAGGUUAAGUUUACUUAAGUGCAAACCAUAUUUCGCUUUUUAAAGGUGCUAAGGACUAUUCUAGUCUUUCUGGUGAUAUUAAGAGUAUUGAGAAUUUGACUUCGACAUUCAUUUCUUAACCCGCAAAUCACAUAAGAUUUCACAUUUAGGCGAUCAACCACCCCACCACGUGAUCUCACUUAUGAUUCUCUCUCGAUUUCUAACAUAUUAACUCGUUUCAUUAAUGCCAGUCCUACAUUUUUUAGUAUAGAUAAUAUAUUAUCAUGUUAUUGCUCUAAAUUAUUAUGCGUGUGAGCGACUGUUUCUUUGUAUAUACUUUCAUUCAAUAUCUUUAACUUCAUAGUAGAGUUAUUUCGUUAGUGUAUUCAUAAAAUAUUUAUUCCCUGCAAAGGGAGCCGUAAAUAAAGUGUGCAGUCGGGUAUCUAUUAAGCAAAAACAAUAAAACUCGGGCUUAGUGAA